AUGACUUCUUGCAUUUGUUUGGGCCCUAAAAGAGCCGGAAAAACUCAUCUUCUGAAAGCUCUACAAGAUCCGGAUUCUAUUGAUGAGACCAGUUACUCCAUGCCCACCAUCGGAACAGGAAUUUAUCGCAUCCACUUUCCCACCAAGUCCCCCAAUAGCGACAAACCCAAGCCCCCACCAGCAGAUGGAUCCGCACUGGGCGCCAAUAUACCCCAUGGAGGCAAAAACUUGCCAAAAUCCAUUCAAAUCCUGGAAAUUGGAGGCAGCAUGGCUCCCUUGUGGCGACAGUAUUUUGAGGAUGUAAAGAAAUUAAUUUACGUUGUGGACACAUCCAAUCUCUGCCAGAUUUCCGCUGCGGGAGUUUUAUUUUAUUCGAUACUCACCGAGCCUUGGUUACAAAAGGUUAAGAUCCUGCUGGUCCUGGCCAAGAUGGACUACUCCUACCGUCAGAUGAGAAACGAGGCCCUGUUGAUGCUGCAGAUGUCCAAGUUGCAGAAGCAGAUUCGCCAACAGGUGACCAUUGUGGAGGCCAGUGCCGUGACCAAAGUAGGAUUGGAUCCUAUUUAUGAUUGGCUUCAAAGGCCAUAA